AUGUCUGUCAAUUUGUUGUCUAACAGAUCUUUCAAAAGACUCUUGGUUGCGUUAUGUUUGUCGUACGUUGUUGUAUUGUCGUACAUCGUAAGUAAUCUGUUUUGAGUAUUUAUUGCUUUCGCGGGAUUCUACAAUCUUAAUAUAAAUAUUUUGUAAGUAAGAUAGUUGUUUCGCGAAGUCUUUUGAGGUGUUUAACUAUAGUUUGUUUCAGAAAUAUAAUGAAGUUGAAGAUGUUAUGGACAUUUACAUUGGAUCGACACAUUUGGUGGACUAUGAAGAGUAAGUAUUUGAUUUUACAUUUAUUUUAGGUACAAACUGAUCUAAAGUAAUGUAAAAUAAUAGGGAAACGCUUGGAACAAAAGCUUCGGAGUGUAAAAAACCUAAAACAAUAUAAUUCUAGGCCGAAUGCUCCAUACAUAGUGGUACUAAACACGAUGGCGCAAGAUCCAAUAGACAGAGACUUUAGAGAAAAAAAGGACAUGCCUUUAUAUUGUAUCAGUGAUCGGCACGAGAAGGUGGAUACUGAUUGGAAGGCGACAGAUGGAGGCAUGGGAUGUUUCUGGAAGAACUAUUAUGUUGAGUGCAGAUUCAAAAAGCCAGUUCAAAGCGUACGACUGGUCGAUGGAAAUGGAUAUGGACCACAGGUAAAUUUUGAUUGAUUUGUUACCUAAACCUUAUUUUGGCUUGAUAUGAAAGUAAAAUGUUAUUCUAGUAUUAGAAAAUAUUUUUUAUUUAUGUUACAGUUUGUUUGUGAUAUCAGUAAAGGAAUUUUUUUUAAAUUCUACUUUCAGCUCCAUGUAUCAAGGCCGAUUCUCGGUAAAAUACCAUUGGUGAUGUGUUUAUCGAGGACGUUUUACUAUGAUAAUUGGCAAGUAGUGUUUACAAUAUUGGAGAUGUAUCAUGCUAUGGGAGUCAGCGAGUUCAGUAUUCACAUUUUGAACGUUAUUAAAGAGAUCUACGAAGUUUUGAAGUUUUACGAAAAACAUAUCAACUUGAAGGUCGUGCCUGGCAUUCUGGCACCAAGAAUUGUGAGUUUCAAGGUUUAUCUUAAGUUUUCUAAAAUUUUUUAAAGGUUUUUUUUUAAAAAAAAUUACAGUAUAAGUGUCAUAAUUACAUGUCUGAACAUAUAAUGCUCUGUAUUUUACAUUAUCCAAGCUAUUUUUUGAAAUUUUAGUCUGGCUACGAUCCGAAUUCAAAAACAGAAACCAUGAAUCAGAUAAUUUGUAGCAACGAAUGUUACUUUAACUACCGUGAAGCUGCCGAGUUUAUGAUAUUUGCUGAUAUGGACGACCUUAUUAUACCCACCAAUGGGAACUUACUGGACAAAGCCAGGGAUUUGCUGUUUCAUCAGCCUAAUAUCGCUGCUUUUGAGUUCUUUUGGAAGACUUCUGAGUAUGUUAGAAGUAAGUGUUUGUAUUAUUAUUGUAUCGUUGGACAACCAGGAGUUUGUACUCGUUUAUAUUAGCCUCGUGUUUGUUUUUAUUAUUUUAGUCAUAAUUCUCAACUAAAGCUAUAACUCUAUUAUUUUUAGUACCGUCGAUUAACAACUACUCGAUACCUCGGUUAUUUAAUGGUUUGAUCUCUCAUCGAAAUGAAACCUACGGUAAAUCGAUACUUAUACCAAAGAAGAUUGACCGCUCAAUAAUCCACAAUAUUCGUCAUUUACAGUACAUGAAUGUGAAGUCACUCAACGUAUCUUGGGAAGAUGGAUAUACGAUUCAUCUGCGAGCACAAAGAGAUCCAAAACCCGGAGAAAACUUUGAUAUUAAACAUGAAGCAAUACGAUACAAGUUCAGAGGAGUCAAAAAUGGCUUGAAAAGGCAAGGGGAACAGAAUAAGAAGGAUAAUGUAAAGGACAAUGUAGAUGACAUAGAUCUAACCGACUAUGUUGAUGUAGAAAGAGAGACAAAAGAUGUCAAGAAGAUUAAGAAAAUAUUGAAGAAGCAGUUGCAGAACGACGCCCCGAAUUUGAUACCUCUAGAUGUCAUGGCUAGGGCUACCUACAACUUCAGAAGGCGGCUACAGCACAAAACCUUCUACGACGCCGUCUUCUCUCUGCCUGACGCGCCAUUCUUUUCGCCACAGUUCAGGCAAUGUUACAUUGACAUAACGAGUGCACGAGAAACUGAAAACUCGUUAUGUGCUAGCCUCAGUAAUUGUCAUAUUGACUACACGAAUGGCCCCAAAUGUUUGGUAACGACGGCCGAUAACUUUGGGUACGAGUACAAGAAGCUAAAUGUAUACGUAUCGAAACACAGAGAGGUGGUGGAGAAGGAUAGUUGUAGACUGGAAAUGAAUGAGAUUGAGUAUGUGCAGAGGAUGUGUCUGCUGACACAACAAUCAUUCGAUUUGGGGUAUCUGGUACUCUGUAUAGGGAUUAUCUGCUGGAUUGUGCACAAGAUGGUACACAAUAGAUGUGGGAGUGACAAUCAGAAUGUGCUUGUAAAUAAAGUGUAA